CCCGCACACGCUCCAACCCCUCCGCCAUCUUCGCGGCGGCUGCUACAGCUGCGGCGACUCGGCCACCGCCGCGCGCAGCCAGGAAACCACGACGGACGGGCGGCGCGCGCUCACCCACUCCCACCCUUUUCCCCGCCCCCCCUCCUGCCUGCCCUCCCCAAACGACGGUGGCCGCACUGGGAGCAAAAGCCUUCAGCACGUUCAACUAGGAUCUUGCCGGAGCGGGCGAGCCGACCCCGGGGGACGGCACGUGCGCGUGCGCAGAGGUGUAAAGCUGGGAAGGUCCGCCGAGGCUCGGAAGUGGAGGCGCAGCGCUCAGGAGGCGAGUAUUUCCUAAAUGACCUUACACCCUUUGCCACACUGGUCCUGGGCCAAGAUGGGCCAAUCAAAGUCCUUACCCAGAAUUUUUGAACUGAAAUUGAGAGAAAAUCCCUCUUCAGUAUGGAAGCCAUAAAAUGUAAAACACAGGAGCAGUCAGCAGCCAUGUGUCCUGCCGUUCGGAGCCAGCUGGUCUGCUGUGAGAAGGAAGCCGUCGUGCCAGAGGCAGCAGAGAACCAUGUGUGCUCAGUACUGCAUCUCCUUUGCUGAUGUUGAAAAAGCUCAUAUCAACAUUCAAGACUCUAUCCACCUCACCCCAGUGCUAACAAGCUCCAUUUUGAAUCAAAUAGCAGGGCGCAAUCUUUUCUUCAAAUGUGAGCUCUUCCAGAAAACUGGGUCUUUUAAGAUUCGAGGUGCCCUUAAUGCCAUCAGAGGCUUAAUUCCUGGCACUCCAGAAGAGAAGCCCAAAGCAGUUGUUACUCACAGCAGCGGAAACCAUGGCCAGGCUCUCACCUAUGCUGCUAAACUGGAAGGAAUUCCUGCUUACAUUGUGGUUCCCCAAACAGCUCCCAACUGCAAGAAACUGGCAAUCCAAGCCUAUGGAGCAUCGAUAGUAUACAGUGGACCGAGUGAUGAGUCCAGAGAAAAGGUCACUCAAAGAAUUAUGCAAGAAACAGAAGGCAUCUUGGUCCAUCCCAACCAGGAGCCUGCAGUGAUAGCUGGACAAGGAACAAUUGCCCUGGAAGUGCUGAACCAGGUUCCUUUGGUAGAUGCACUGGUGGUACCAGUAGGAGGAGGAGGAAUGGUUGCCGGAAUAGCCAUUACCAUUAAGGCCCUGAAACCUAGUGUGAAGGUAUAUGCUGCUGAACCCUCGAAUGCAGAUGACUGCUACCAGUCUAAACUGAAAGGAGAACUGACCCCCAAUCUUCAACCUCCAGAAACCAUAGCAGAUGGUGUCAGAUCCAGCAUUGGCUUAAAUACCUGGCCUAUUAUAAGGGACCUUGUGGAUGAUGUCUUCACUGUCACAGAAGAUGAAAUCAAGUAUGCAACCCAGCUGGUGUGGGAAAGAAUGAAACUGCUCAUUGAGCCUACUGCUGGUGUUGGAUUGGCUGCAGUGCUGUCUCAGCAUUUCCAAACAGUCUCUCCAGAAGUAAAGAACAUCUGUAUUGUACUCAGUGGUGGGAAUGUAGACUUAACCUCCCUAGACUGGGUGAAGCAGGCUGAACGGCCAGCUCCUUACCAGACUCUUUCUGUUUAAAUUAGAGAAGAGAUAAGAUGUCUCUAGAUGAAAAUUUUGUUUCCAUCCUCCCUUUAAAAACUAUUUUCAAAUUCCUAAUCAAGAAAGUAUAUGUAAA